AUUUGAUAAGAUUUUAGUCGUAGUAUCAGACAAUGCCAGUAACAUCAAAGGGGCGGUACAAAAGGACUUGAAAUUGAAGCACUUUGGUUGUUUUGCCCAUACCUUAAACUUGAUUCUUCAGGAUGCGUUAAAGCUGGUAAAAAUGUUAAUUGACAAAAUAAAAUUGAUAGUGACUUUUUUUAAAAGGAGCACAAAUGCAACUGAAAAACUGUUGAUAUCCCAGAAAAAUAUGGGCCUUGAGCCAAAAAAACUUAUUCAAGAGGUUUCAACGAGAUGGAACUCUACAUUUUAUAUGGUUUCCAGAUUUGUAGAGCUGCAGGACGCGGUAAAAACUACUAUCGCUUUAAUAAAUAAAAAUUUACCUGUUUUGUCAGAGGAAGAGUGGGGAUUAUGCAAAGAGCUAAGCACAAUCUUACGUCCUUUUGAGGAGGUCACUUCACAGAUUAGUGGGGAACGCUACGUGACAGGUAGCCAAGUGAUACCCCUAACAAGAGGCCUGAUGUCCGUGUGUAAAAAAAUGCAAAAGGAGCCAUUCAAACCAGUUAUUCAAAAUAUUAUUAAUGAACUGCUGCAUGGUCUCGAGAAACGCAUGGAAAAUGUUGAACACAGCAAAACAAUAGCACUUGCUACUCUUUUAGAUCCCAGAUUCAAACUUGCUGUCUUCAAAGACGAAACUGCAAAGCAAUUGAUCAAAAAAACAUGUACAGAACUUUUAGCUGCAAUCUGGACAGAGACACAUGGCAAACCUUGCACAGCAGAUGAUGAAGAAAUUGGUAACACUCAAAACAAAGAUGGCAACGUAGAUUCCGCAAAAUUUUCCGUCUGGGAGGACGUUGACAACAUAAUUGCCAAGGAGAAACCUACAGGUACGAAGACCUCCGCUGCAAUUGUCGAGUUGAACCGGUACUUAGAUGACAGCUAUCUAGGACGGAAAAAAGAUCCUAUGGGCUGGUGGAAAGAGAAUCAACAUGUAUACCCUAUUAUGAGCAAAUUGGUGAAAUUAAAAUUUAACGUCAUGGCUACAUCCGUCCCAUGUGAACGACUUUUUUCUAAAGCAGGAAAUUUUUUGACAGAACGCCGAUCAAGACUGAGUUCAAAACGAGCAGAGCAGUUGCUGUUUUUGAAUGGAAAUCUAAAUCUUCUACAGUAAAUAGAAAUCAAAAAAUUUAAGUUAUAUAUAAGUUCUGCAAGUUAAAUAUAUGAAAUUAUGUAAUUCAUUUUCUUGCAAUUAAUCUUAUAUGAAGCCAUAGUGUACAGUUUGGUUAUAUUGCCCAUUUUAUUUUCUAAAUAUGCUUAAUUGUGUCUUUGAAUCUCCAUACAUUCGUGUAUCUUCAUUUAAUCUAAAGUACAAUAUUUGACAGUGUAAUUGUAAUGUACAUUUGAACAAUAUGUUUAUGUAUGUAUAUAUUUGUAAUUUAUAAAGUGUUCCUAUAUGAUUUAAU